UUUUAAUUUUUUUUUUGCCCAGCUUCACUUUCAAAAGGUUUUCUUUUUAAGCAAUUUUGCCAGCUGGAUUUUAAAACUGGAUUUGAUUACUUUAUCAUAUUUUGAGUUUCACACUGGAGGAAGAAAAGAAACACAAUAUCGGAAAAGAGUUGUCUUUUCAUGGGAUUAUGAGGGAUCUACCCCGUGAUUAUCUGCUACCAAUGUUGCCAAAACAGGCUCAGAGCUUUCUUGUAAGUGGUGCAGUUAUCAUGCACUUCUGCUGCUGAGGUUAACUUUGAACUUGCAAAUCUCAAGUGCUAUUAAGUGUUUUUGCUCACCUCCCAUUCAUCCAAAUGAUCCUCUUGGUACUUCUCAUCAGAGUCCUGACUUUUAGCCUGGACUCCCGGCUACAUGGAGUACAAGCUGAAUCCAAUUUGAACAGCAAGUUUCACUAUGGAAAUGCCAAGGAACAAAAUGGAGUGCAAGAUUCCCAGCAUGAGAAGAUUGUUUCAGUCUCGUUUAAUGGAAGCAUUCACAGUCCGAAAUUCCCCCACACUUACCCACGAAGCACCAUAGUAGUAUGGAGAUUAAUUGCAGAGGAGGAAAAUGUUCGGAUACAACUGACCUUUGAUGAAAAGUUUGGGUUAGAGGACCCAGAAGAUGACAUUUGCAAGUAUGAUUUCGUGGAGAUCGAAGACCUCAGUGAUGGCACGAUCCUCGGUCGCUGGUGUGGUUCAAGCACAGUGCCAAGCAAGCAAAUAUCUAAAGGAAAUCAGAUAAGAGUACGCUUUGUAUCUGAUGAAUAUUUGCCCUCAGAACCAGGGUUCUGCAUCCAUUACACAAUUCUUACCCCGCAACAAGCAGAACCUGCAAGUCCAACCGUUGCUCCACCAUUGGCACUACCAUUUGAUCUACUAAGUGAAACUGUUGCUCGUUUUGAAACUGUGGAAGAAGUCAUACGAUUCCUUGAACCAGAGAGAUGGCAUUUAGACAUAGAAGAACUAUAUAGACCAUCUUGGCAAUUACUUGGGAAGUCUUUUAUCCAUGGAAGAAAAUCCAGAGUGAUGGAUUUGAGUCUUUUAAAAGAAGAAGUGAGACUAUAUAGCUGUACACCACGGAACUUUUCAGUCUCAUUAAGAGAGGAACUUAAGCGAACAGAUGCCAUUUUCUGGCCAAGUUGUCUACUGGUGAAGAGAUGUGGAGGAAACUGUGCAUGUUGCGCUCAUCAUUGCAAUGAUUGCCAGUGCAUCCCUACCAAAGUCACCAAAAAAUAUCACGAGGUACUUCAAGUUAAACAAAGGAGUGGAAUGAGAGGACUGCAGAAAUCUUUGACAGAUGUGCCUUUGGAACACCAUGAAGAGUGUGCAUGUCUGUGCUCGGGUAACACGGGAGGAUAAUUUGAUAGCUGGGAGCCUUCAUUUAUAGAAGCACAUACACGUUACUGCUGUUUCUUUUGGGAAUAGCAGAUUUUUACACUGUAAACAAGGAAGUCUCUCUUCAGCUGCCAGCCCUGGAGAUCUAC